GCCACCGUUGCCUCGUUGCGGCUCCUUCUCUUCCUCAGAGGCGAAGGUGGCGGACGGGCUCCGCGGCUCUGAGGGUUUCUGAGGGCUUCGACUCCCCCCCACUUGGCCGUUUCUUCCUUCCUUCCUUCCUUCCUCCUCCUCGGCCUUCCCCUCUGCGGCUUCUCCCCAUCGGGCUCCCCUCAGCUUUCCCCUCCGCCGAGCCCCGGCCCCGAGCCGGGAUGCGCCUCGCCGCCCCGCGCUGCCUGGAGGCGGCCGCGGCGAGGAGGCGGCGCGGGUGAAAGCAGCCCCGGAGCAGCGUCGGCGGCCAGAAGGGAGCAGCGUCCCCUCGACCCGGCGGAGAAUGAUGAAGUCCUCUUUACAUGCAGAAGAGGAUGAUUUUGUGCCUGAGCUUCAGAGAAGCAUUCAUCCCCGUGAAAGACCAGAUUGGGAAGAGACCCUCAAUGCAAUGGCAAGAGGCGCAGACAUCCCUGAGAUUUCUGGAGAGUUAUCCUUGCGGACUUGUGGCAGCACAGCUAGCAUGAAAGUGAAGAAUGUGAAAAAAUUGUCCUUCACCAAAGGCCAUUUUCCAAAGAUGGCAGAAUGUGCACACUUCCAUUAUGAAAAUGUGGACUUUGGCAAUAUACAGCUUUCACUCCCCGAGGAACAGAAUGAAGUAACAAGAAAUGGCUGUGAGUCCAAGGAGCUUGUCUACCUGGUACAAAUCUAUUGUCAGGGCAAGAGCUGGAUUGUGAAGAGGAGUUACGAAGACUUUAGAGUGCUUGAUAAACAUCUUCACCUAUGUAUUUAUGAUCGGCGCUUUUCUCAGCUCUCAGAGCUACCCCGUUCGGAUGCCCUGAAGGAUAAUCCGGAGCUUGUUACCCAGAUGCUGAUGGCUUACCUGUCCCGACUCUCAGCCAUUGCUGGCAACAAGAUAAAUUGCGGUCCUGCUCUCACAUGGAUGGAGAUUGAUAACAAGGGGAAUCGCCUCCUAGUUCACGAGGAGUCGUCCAUUAAUGUUCCUGCUAUUGCAGCUGCUCAUGUUAUCAAGAGAUACAUUGCCCAGGCAGCAGAUGAACUCUCCUUUGAGGUUGGAGAUAUUGUUUCUGUUAUUGAUAUGCCUCCAAAAGAAUUGACCACUUGGUGGAGGGGGAAACAUGGAUUUCAGGUGGGAUUCUUUCCUAGCGAAUGUGUUGAACUAAUUAACGACAAAGUCCCUCAGUCAGUGACCAAUUCUGUACCAAAGCCAGUCUCCCCUGCCCCCGGAGCCCGUCCAGCAUCCUGGAGCUACUUCCCCCCUUAUUUGGAGAUGGAUAGUAAUGGUUCAGCAUCUAUUUCAGAACCUUUGAACCAAUCCCAACUGAGCUCAGUGUCCAAAAAACACGGCAAGCUUAUUACUUUCUUGCGUACAUUCAUGAAGUCUCGACCAACAAAGCAGAAACUGAAACAGCGUGGGAUCUUAAAGGAGAGAGUGUUUGGCUGUGACCUUGGAGAACAUCUUCUCAACUCUGGCCAUGAUGUUCCCCAGGUCCUCAAGAGUUGCACUGAAUUCAUUGAAAAACACGGUAUUGUGGAUGGAAUCUAUCGUCUGUCUGGGAUUGCAUCCAAUAUCCAAAAGUUACGGCACGAGUUUGACUCCGAACAAAUUCCCGACUUGACAAAAGAUGUCUAUAUUCAGGAUAUACACUGUGUGGGUUCACUCUGCAAGCUCUAUUUUCGAGAACUCCCCAAUCCUUUGCUCACCUAUCAGCUCUAUGAGAAAUUUUCGGAUGCUGUAUCUGCUGCUACCGACGAAGAAAGACUGGUGAAAAUCCACGAUGUCAUCCAGCAGUUGCCACCACCACACUACAGGACCCUGGAGUUCCUUAUGAGGCAUUUGUCACACCUGGCUGAAUAUUGUGCCAUCACAAACAUGCAUACCAAGAACUUAGCCAUUGUCUGGGCACCAAACUUACUAAGAUCAAAACAGAUAGAAUCUGCUUGCUUCAGUGGAACAGCAGCUUUUAUGGAAGUGCGAAUCCAAUCCGUGGUUGUGGAAUUCAUUCUCAAUCAUGUGGACGUCCUUUUCAGCUCUAAACUCAGCUCCGUCAUUCGAGAGAGUGCAGGUCACAGUUCCUUAUCACGUCCUAAAUCUUUGCUGGUGUCCUCACCCUCCACAAAGCUCCUUACCUUAGAGGAGGCCCAGGCAAGGACUCAGGCUCAAAUAAAUUCUCCAGCCCUGACAGACAGCAAGUACAUCGAAGUUGGCGAAGGACCUGCUGCUUUGCAAGGGAAGUUCCAUACCAUCAUAGACUUCCCCUCUGAAAGAAAGAGGCCUCCCAGUAAGAUGAAAAAAUCCCCCGUUGGCAGCUGGCGCUCCUUCUUCAACUUGGGAAAAUCGUCCUCUCUUUCCAAACGGAAACUGCAGCGCAACCCAAGCGAGCCAUCCGAAAUGAAGGCGAUCGCUCUGGCAGGAGGAAGAGGAGACAGUGGAACCCUGCGCUCCGCCAAGAGCGAAGAGUCUCUUUCAUCUUUGCAUGCAAUAGAUGGUGAGUCUAAACUGUUUCGGCCCCGAAGACCAAGAUCGAGCAGCGAUGCUUUAUCAGUUUCUUUCAACGGGGAAUUGUUGGGGAACAUGAAUCGCUGCAAUUCUUACGACAACCUACCCCAGGACCAAGAAAGCGACGGCGACGAGGGACACCUACAGGUCCCUGCCCUCAUUUCUCCCAGGUCGGCUGAGGACGUUGAUCUGAGCCCGCCGGAGAUUGGGGUGGCUAGCUUGGAUUUCGACCCGAUGUCUUUUCAGUGCAGCCCACCCAAAGCAGAAUCCGAGUGUCUCGACAGCAGCACCUCCCUGUUGGAAUCCGUGGACUACAACAAGGAUAAGCCAAGCCUCUUUAAGAAAGAGCUCGACUCGGGCAGCCAAUCUCAUACGCCCUGCAGUGCCACCAGCUCGGAACCAGUUUCUCCUUACCAAGAAAAAAACCCAAGUCCCUUCUUCACCCUGGAUUUGAGCCCACCUGAAGAAAGACCACCAAAACUCCUGUCUUUCUCCGAGAACCUCACCUGUGCCUAUUCCCCCAAGUCGGCCCAAAAGCCAGUCAAGUCUCCACCACUCGCCGCAUCGGAGCCCGUUCCUUAUGGCGCCCCCAGCCGAAUGCCAGACGUGGUUACCGGAGGAGUGUCAGAAAAUGUUGGCUCUUUGGAUUGGGCUAAAAAAACCCUUGACGGCAACGAAGCGUCAAGCAUGCCCCUCUCCCAGCUCAUGGUAUCACCUUUGAGAAGCAAUGAAAGUAGGCGUGGUGAAGAACACCAGCAGGAACUCCAGAAUGCGGGAGAUACCAAGAAAGCAGAGCUUCAAGAAGAGGUGGAACCACUUACGCUCAGCGGCGGCCAGAGUAAGCCUGUACCUUCUGGACUGACACAGCCAGGAACCGUUGCCCUUGCCACCCCCCAGGAUUCCGCUCCAGUCAAUUCUGUUUCUGUUGUCCCUCCUCCACCUCCGAAAAAUGCCGCCCGCAUCCUGGCUCUUGCCCUGGCCGAAUCUGCCCAACAAGCUUCCGUACAGUCCCAGAAGAAAUCAGAUAUUUAUUCAGACUGUAACAACUGUGGGAAAAGUGAGAGUGCAGGAACUCUAGAACAAUUCCACCCAUAUCCCGGCUCUGCUUCGGAAAGGUUCCAGUUCUAUGCUGCUCUACCAGAGAACCCGCUCAGUUUUCAGAUGGUUGGCGACCUUCAAAGAAGCGGGUUGCCCUUAGUUCAGGGCCCCCAAAACAGUGGCACACCUGAAGGCGACAGCCAUCUCCACGUUGUCACAUCUGAACAUCGGAACCACUCCACUUUCUCUAAUAACACGGCAGGAGACCUUCACGGUGGUACUAACAUGGGCUGGGACCACUCCCACUUCUAUCCAUGUACAGUUGGAGAUGCACACCUCCUUACUCAAUCUUUUGCCUCGGAAGAUCAGAGUCAUCUUCAUUCCUGUCCUGGACGAACCGUUCAGGCUGAGCCAUCGACAGCGGAGAUACCACUAGAAAGUCCUCCGCUCCAUGCUGGUGUUCCUUUGGAUAAGAACCCAAUCCAGGCCACCAAGAUUCAUCUUCCCAUCUGUAAAGUGGAGGACAGACUUCCCUUCCCUUCAGUCCCUCCUGGGGAGAAAAGCGCUCCCGUGGAUCUGGCCUGCAUCAUGAAGAACCAUCCAGCAGCUGCCAAACCUAAUUCUGGCAUGUCCAGACCAAACGUCCCACCUCAGCCUUCUACAGUCACCAGCAACAUUACAUGGGGGGAAACAGCUCUUCCUGCAGGAAGCCACCAAGUUCCAUCUGUGAGACCAGGGGACCAGCCAGCUGUGGGGCAGACUCCUCCCAAGAAACCUUCCGGAGGCUUCAGUCAGGUACAAGGAGAAACAACAGCAGACAAAUUGCUGGAACCUAGAACAGCCGAGCCGGCUCCCGUCUUGGGUGUUGAAGCCAGUGCUACAAUCCAAUGCACGUCAGCCACCCCAGUGGCUCUGUUUCACCAGGGACAUUUGGAGAAACCCCGAGAAAAUACCAGGGCUCCACCUUUACAGAUGAGGUCCGAAUCUGUCCCAGCUCAAUCGUCAUACGCUUUCAUGCCUCCGGUGCCACCUGUGAGGACAAUGGAGAGCAAACUUGCAGCCGCCAUGCAUUCCAACAGCACCGACACGAUAAACCCUGCCAAUUUCCAUGCUUUUAUGGCUUCUUCCUCAUUGCCACUGUCAGCAGAGGAUGUGUUGGCAACCCCUGCCCUGUCUAAACAAGCAUCCCUUCCGUCGGCCUAUUUCCUUCCCUCCAAGUCAGAAACACCGGAGCCUCCAGCGCAUCCCAAACCCUCAUCGGCUCACCAAUACAGGGCUGAAAAUAGCCAGCCCCACCUUUUUCACAGCAAAUCUGAGCAGCAUCCGGGCUACCCUUCUCUGUCGGAGGCCCCCCCUUCCUUGGGGUCCCGAUAUAAUGCGUACGCCAGUCAAGGAAAGAGCGCGUACGUUCAUUACGCCAAGCCGCGCAGUCGGAUUGAAUACCUGUCUUCCCUAAGCCCAACGAUGAGGAGCAGCAGUUGUGCGGAGGAAGCCCCACCCUACCCCACCAUCCGGAGGGUGCAUUCUCUGCACGUGUCCACUCCCUCCGCCAUCCGAUCGGUUCCCAUCUCCCGCACUGAGGUUCCUCCUGAUGACGAUCCUCUUUACUGCCCUAGACCCCUCCUCCAGUACAAGCCAUAUCAGCCCCAUGGAGAUUAUCACGUCACUCAGUUGCAACCUUAUUUUGAGAAUGGCCGGGUUCAUUACCGAUACAGCCCUUACUCAAGUUCCUCCAGCGUUUCUUGUUAUACUGCAGGUGAGGGUGGAUUUUACGACUUGGACCCUUACGGUACAGUGAGGUUGAGGCAGUUCCAUCCUCUCCCAGGCAAAGAUUUUCCAUCCUACUCCAAAUUACCUACCAAGAACCUCUAUCGCUGUCCCGGUUUACCACCCUACUCUCGGGGAGGUCUUCCUGGGCACCUAGCAGGCAAAGAGCAUAGUUUCAUCAGCAGGGAUGUACCGCCUGCCCCUGAUGUCAAACCCAUGUAUGUCUCCUGGGACUUGGAAGAUAUGGAGAAAUACUGCAUGCAGUCCAUCCGCCGAGAGAGCCGUGCCCGUCAGAAAGUCAAGGGGCCGGUCAUGUCCCAGUACGACAACAUAGCCCCUUUGUUGCAAGAGGAGGUACGGGCCACAGAUGUGGUUCACUUGCGCAGCAAAUCGGAUCCUGGGAAAACUGGACUCCUCACUGUUGCUGAUGGGAAAGAAGGGAGAUACCUAAAUGAGGGAGAGGAACGCUACUACGGGCCCCAGCCAGAACCGGACAUUGACAGAGCCCAUUACCGCGGUGGUUAUGGGAACGGACAGUCAGAGAAACCUCUGCUCCCACAGAAACAAAGCAGUCUGAGGAGCAGAAAACCGCCCGAGGUUGGUUGUAAUUCCAUUGAGCACAGAAUGCACCUUGCACACGAAGCGGCUCACAGGCAGCCACCGGAUGCUAAAAACACCCCUCCCUAUCCUGAUUACCGACCAAAGGGCCACCCAUCGGAACCUACGGAAUCCCUGACGUAUCAGCACUCGGGUGGAAAAUACAUCCCAGCUAACCAUGAUGUGUUGAGACUGAACCAUAAAGAGGUGAAGCUGGCCGAGGACGGAGAACGGGCACGGUCGAGACACCCGGCUGCUCCAGCUGAAAAGCACUCCAGAGACUGCUAUAAAGAGAGCGAGCACUACGGGCAGCCACCGGGCCCACCGCCUAAGCCGGAACGGAGCCAUAGCCUCCGCUUCCAGCACUCCGAGAGCACACCGCGGGAUGCCGGUCUCCUGUACCCAUACCAAACCCUUGGCAAACGCCAAAGUACGACAACUGUGGUAUCCCAGUAUGAUAAUUUGGAUGAUUACCAUACCAUGCCUCAGCACCAAAGAGGGGGAUACUCUGGAGGAGGGGGAGUUGCACCUUCUUUUCCUCAUCCACAUAGUAGGACUUACGCCACAGCUCUGGGCCAAGGAGCGUUCCUACCUUCUGAGCUUUGCCUUCAGAGGCCAGAGACGGAAGUCCACGCAGAGUGAGCUCGGGGGGCCCCCCGAAGGGAUAGAGUGUUAGCAGCCUCUGCUGGACAGUGGACUGGUUUAUUUUUUCAAUGAUGCACAAACAUGCACACGAACACACAAAAGCAACUCCUUUCAUUAGCCCCCGUUGAGUUUCUGCUCUGUCCAGUUCUCAUGCCGCUUAUAGGGACUUUUUUUUAAAACAAAAACAAAAACACUAAAUGUAUAGUUUUAUCCCAUCGUUUAAAAUGUAGCUUGCAGCAAUCACACAGGCUCUUUUGUUGUUGUUGUUGUUAAAACUUGAAGAUGCAACCGGUCUCCAGGCAGGGCAGCAUUAAGGAUGAAGAGAGAGAGAGAGAGAGACAGGUCGCACUGUGAAUGAUUCUCGAUUUCCAUAGAUUUCAAUUCCUAGCAUUUCCUUUAGUGGCCCCUGUCCUUUAAAGGCACAUGCAUGACGUACGUAUUCAUAGGCUAACACAAACAUUUCUUCUCCAGGCAAAAGUCCCCUGUGCGUGCUCAUUUAGAGGAAGUUUUAUGGAAUGCCAAGCUUUAGUCAAUGUUUUAACUUGGUCCUUUCAGGUUUUAUGCCUCAAACUCUAGGGCGGAAAAAAAUAUAUGAUUUUGCAUCGUGUGUUAUUCUCCCUUCAGUUAUACCACCACUAUAACUUACCACGUUUUUCACCCUAAAUUUUGCUUUCCCUACUUGUCAAGGUGCAAGCCAGUCACGUAUUGGGUGACUGGUGUCGGUAAGAAGGUGGUGAGGUCUCAGGUAUGUUACCUGAUCUUAUUUCCCCAUGAAGAAAUCUAUAAUAAGCUGCUUCACAUAUUUGAGAAGCGAGGGGAGGGCGGGGGAGGGAACCAUUCAUACGUUAUAAACUGAGCUUUGCUUUGCCAGGCCUAUAGGCGCUGCUUUUAUUAUCUCAUAAAGGGAAUAAACUUCCCGAACAUCAUUUCCUUAGCAAUUGGCGUAUGUUGCAAAAGCUUCGGAGCAGCAGAAUAUCCAGGGAUCUUUCUCCUGAGUGAGCGCCGUUGAAAAACGCAAUGCUGGGUUCCUUCCACCCCACCCCACUCCCCAGCCAUGGAUACAAGAGAAUCGUGAUGUGUUUCAUCAUUUUAGCACUGGAAAAUUAUUUCAAUAUCUUUAUUAAGUAGCCUUGUGCCUAGCCUAACCCAACAGUGAUCGAGAGUCUAGAAAAACAAUUCCAUAUUUCUCUCUGAUCGCUCAGUUGGUGCUGCUAAUCAGCUGAUCCCGAUAAGCUCAUCAUUAUAGAAGUGGGGAAAGGUACUACAGAUGUAGGAAAAUUCCAGUUGCUUUGAUGGGAGGGUCAGUAAAACAUGCCACAGUACGCCAGCAUCUGUGGUGCAGUGUUUAUUGGUUAGCGAUGGGUGCUUAGUACUUACUUGGACUCUACAACUUCCAGCAAUCCCAGCCAGCAUGAUAUUGGUAGCAGGCGGUGGAAAAAUGGUGGUCUGGCAAGAAGUGUGUGUGUGGAGGGGAGAGCUCCCAAAUCCCAUGCUGCCCCACACUGUAAGGGAGACCCAUGCGCAGUAGAUGCCCUGUGGGUACGCAACUUGUCUCUCACUUUUUAAAAUUUUUAUUUUAAGAUGCCUGUUGAAAGGGGAAGCCGCGUUGAAUUGCUUUUCUGGAGAAGUUAUAAAUAUGCACAGCUGUUGAUCCUUGGUGUCCUUGUCACAACUGGAGUGCAGAGGGACCUUGGGUUUUCAUGCUGCCUUAGGCUAGCUCCAAACAACAUGUCAGGGCUCAGCCACAAAGGUUUUCCAAAGUGGCCGGAGUCUAACCCGGGAAUAAAGUGCUUUCUUCUUUGAGGUCAGGUCACCGCAACGAUGUUAAAAGCCUUCUUACAGCAUCAUUGAUGGGCAUUAACUCAGAAUACUACCUAUGUCAGGUUGGCCCUUGAGCAACGUCAGGUAUCUCACCAGCGGUAACAGAAACUUCUCAAAGCCAGCAAAAUAUCAGUUAUUCAGAUUGUCCCCUACAGCUACAGCCAGAUUACGUUCUUUUGGUUAUUCUGACCCAUAAUUUCUUUGGAAGUUCUGAUUGUCUCAAAGUACAGAUUUAGUGGUCAGAAAAUUCACUGUGAUUUAGACUUACAUCUGUUUUUCAAAAAAAAAAAAAAAAACAACCCACCGUAUUUGUUUUUGUUAGUUUAUGCUGCAAUAGUGAGAAACAGAGGAAGGGACAUUCCAAUGCACUAAUGUCUGGAGCAAGCAGAGUUUUUUAAAUUUAAAUUUAUUUUUUUGCUAGGGUCUUUCCUUGCCCUUCUAGCAAGCCCACUUGUAACUCACAAAUGGCACACGCCAUUGUGGCUUCCAGCCUUUUGAUCUCUUGAUCUUCUGUUGGUGGAUGCUGGCUUACAUUGUUCAGUUUCCCUCUAGGAUUAGGGCAAGGAUAUAUACCAUUGUCCUUAGAACAGUUGAGGUUCAGGUUUCAAUACCUACAGUUCAAACUGGUGUCUUCACAAAAACCUCAAUUUUCCUUGUAUUCUCUCCUUCCGUCAGUCUUAGGCUACCUGCUGCCCGGAACUGACCUGAUUUCUUUUCAUGUCUGUAACUCCUGUUUUUGUCCCUCCUCUAACUGAGCUGAUGAUAAUAUGAUCUCAUCUCUUUUUUUCCCCCUUUUUUUUUGGAGGGGGGGGGGGAAGGGGAGGAAGAGACCAUUCUGCUUAAUUUUUAAACACUGUUUUCAUUUAUUGCCAUAAAUACCUGAGCUGCAUCCUUGGGGACCCUUGCCCUGUCCGCCGCUUAAAGCAUUUAACCGAAACAAUUUCAACAUGGAAUUGAGCUUUCGGUCACGGAAUAUUGCCCCCUGUCCCACAGGGCCUCUGCGUGGUUGGGAAAGCGCUGUACAGAGUUUUGGCUCAAAAACCCAAGAGUUGAAUGGCAGCAAUUAAAUUCAGCCAAAUUUCCUGAGCUUGAAAGAGCUGCGACAAUCGCUCGGUUCCUCCUAAUGUUUCUAUUGCUAUUUUUUUUUUAAAAAAAAGCCCCUUUCCUUCCCACCCAAUGAAAGCCAUAGAAUUAACUAUGCAGGCUUGUUUAUGUACCCUGGGUAAUUUUGGAGCACCCCUUCUCUACUUUAACGAAGCUAAAUCUAGACUCCACUCCCACAGUGUUUUGGUGGUUAAAAAUACUUACUCAUCACAUCUGCCGUAAACCUUAGCUCUAAUUAGCUGUGGCAACUGGCCUUCAGGUCCAAAGCAAAGAACUGAUGAUGCAAACCAUCCCUCAGCAGUUGUGUCCCUUAAGUUUCUUUCCUUUUGUUGACGAAACUUCAGAUUCUUAACUGUAGACCGUGCUCCCAUCUACAUCCAGGUUUGUAUGUGUGCUUAGAGGAAAACUGUUCCUCCCUUGGUAGCAUUAGCAGGCCUUUUGUAGGCCCUGCAUCCUUGUUCCUAACGUUAAAAACGAGUUUUUAAUCAGGUGUAAAAGUUUAUGCAGAUGAUAGCGAAAAACAUUGUGCCUACGUCUUCGCAGACGUAAUCUGGGGAGGGUGGGGAUGGCUUACCGCUUGGAGGGAGGGUCACGAUGAGAAUUGCACAGUUCUGGCAGAAACCGCCUCCCGCAACCAAAAUUUGCUUGCUUGAAACAAUGUUUCCCAAUUAUCCCAAGAGACAUGUGUCCCCCUCUAUGUGUUCUUUUCCCCUGCGAUGCCCCAUUUCGAUAGGUUGAUGCGUCAGUGGACUGCAACAUGACAAAACACAGCAUUUGGGAAUGGUAUUGUAGAUUUAAAAGGAUUCUGAAUUUAAUUUUUAAAGGUGGCUUCGGCAUGACAUUUUUCUCCAGAGUUUUUGUGCUAUGGGAACUGAUGCAAUGGGCAUGGUACACACUUUUAACAUGUGCUCAGUAACUUCAGUGUCUCCAGUAAGUUUAAUAUUGUAUAGUUCCAUUGCAAAACGAACAAGAAAUGAUUGUUGUGUGGUUUAUUUUCCUGCUGUGGAAACUUGAGUCGUCUUUUUUGAGCCACAUGAGAGACACCUCUCAGAAAGUUUGGGGGCGCUCUCUAAGUGUUCUCUUUUUAAUUUAUAUAGUGUCUUAUUUUUUAUUAUUUUUAUUUUUUACUCUUGUGUGUAAGAACUGGUAUAAAAUGUAUAUGCCGACGAGCUCAUGUUCUUUUAUGUAAAUAUUUUUGUGCAUCCCACUUCUUCCCCUCCCUUGUAAAUAUUUAGAUUCUCAUUUCUCCGCGCUGUAUGGGGGCGGAUGUGUUCAUUUACUAUUCUUAUUUUUUAAUUUGUACUGUAAUGCUAUGACCAGACUUCAGGUGUCUUGUGCUAUUAAAAACAGAACAACCUAACAGUCCCACAAACCUCAGAUGUACAACUCAGCAAUUAAUGAAGCCAGGUUAAAGUCUA